AUAGUAUUUAUAAAAUAAUUGUAGUGCGUCAAAGGAUUGCAAAGAUGCUCUUAUCAUCAUGGAUAGUAGACGUUUUUGCUUUCUCUCUAACAUUUUCAACACUGUUGUACGUAUAUUUCACCAGACAUUUUAGCUAUUGGAAGAAACGUAAUGUCUUUUACCAAAAGCCAGCGCCAUUUUUUGGUAAUUUUAAAGAUGUAGUAACCAUGAAAACAACCAUUGGAGAAUGGUUACGAGACGAAUAUAACAAAGCAGCUAAACAACCCUACUUUGGAAUUUUUGUUUUCGACGAACCGAAAUUAGUGAUUAAAUCUCCAGAAAUAAUAAAAAAUAUUAUGAUAAAAGAUUUUAACAAUUUCUGUGACAGAACAUUCGCAAGUCCAGAAUACAAUGAAGUAGAGUCGAACUUCUUAUUUAUGAUGCAUAAUCCUAAAUGGAAGAAACAUAGGUCUCAGCUUUCUCCAGCUUUCACCUCAGGAAAACUGAAAGGAAUGCUUCCCAUUAUACAUGAAGUUGGCCAGUCUCUUCAAAAAUAUUUAAGUGACAAUCAAACAGUUUUAGAAGCAAAAGAAGUUAUGGCCAAAUAUAGCACAGAUGUGAUAGGAAAAUGUUUUUUGGGCAUUAAUCCUCAUUGCUUCGAUAACGAUGAUGCACUGUUCAGAGUUUUGGGACGGGCUAUGUUUGAUUUUAGUAUAAAAAACGCAUUAAAGCAAACUGCGUAUUUUUCUACACCCGGAAUUGUUAAGUUCUUUAAAAUUAGUUUCUUCGAGCAAUGGAUCACAGAUCAUUUCAUUGACGUCUUUAGUAAAUCCUAUGAGGCGCGGGAAAAAUCUAAAAUUAGGAAAAAUGAUUUCAUAGAUAUUCUACGAGACAUGGAACGUAAAGGAGUUAUUGAUGAGGAUAUCGGGUCAAUUCAGGGAUCAAGUAUGCAAUUCUUCUUUGCCGGUUUUGAGACUACAAGUUCGACCACUUCGUUCACACUUUACGAACUGUGCCUGAAUAAAACAAUACAAAAUAAAGUGAGAAGCGAAAUUCAGGCCAAUAUAAGAGAGAAUAAGGGAAUAACGUACGAAGGCGUUAUGUCAAUGAAGUAUUUAGAUCUGUGCAUUAAAGAAACACUACGAAAAUACCCAGUUUUACCGUUUUUGGAUAGAAGAUGUAUAAACAAUUAUACAAUACCUGGAACGAACCUUGUGAUUGAAAAAGGCGCCAGCGUUUACAUUCCUAUGUUUGGUCUACAUUAUGACGAGACAUAUUUCCCUGAACCAAUGAAAUACAUGCCUGAAAGAUUUGAAAACGCAAAUUACAAUACUAAUGGUUUGGUCUAUUUUCCAUUUGGAGAAGGUCCUAGAAUAUGUAUAGGUGAAAGAUUUGGAUUAAUGUCUUCUAAGCUCGCGCUGAUAUAUGUUUUAACGAAAUUCGAAGUAGAAAAAUGUGAAUCUACUCCUGAUCCAUUGGAGUUCGAACCCAAAUCUCUUUUUUUACAUUCUAAAGUUGGACUUCCUAUGAGAUUUAAACAUUUAGUUCCAUCGCCUGCAUCUUGCUAUCAUACCAAGAGUCUCUCGGUAGCCGCCGAAGAGACAAGACGUGCAGAGUGCGGACGAGCAGCAGUAGCAGCGCAACAAGUCGAGGAGAGGGAAGUGCUUUGGUGUAACGUACUUCUUAGUACGGCUGUGAAUCACCCUGAAGAGAGCAGCGAUGACCACUCGAGCGACCAGGAAGAUGGAAAAGACGGUUUUACGAUCCAAAAUCGUAGAAUAAGAAAAAAGAAAAAGAAGUCAAAAGGCAAGGACUCCACGCAGAACGUCGAGACCACCGAGAACGUCACCGAAGCCACCCAGGAAGUCGAGGAUUCCCAGAACAUCGAGGCCACCCAGGAAGUCGAGGACAUGGACGAAGACGUCCCAGGCGCCGAAGGCGGGGGCACUACCAAACGUCAGCGGGUUGAAGAGGAUGCCGCCAGCGAAGACGAGCUGACAAAGGCCAACGCAGAAAUCAACCGACUCAGAACCCUGAUGAAAGAAUUUGCAGCAAACGUUGAUGCAAACAACAAAAAAUACGAAGAGGUGAUCGCACAACAGAAGGCAGAGAUCAAAGAGCUGAAUACGGAGAUUCGACGAAUGAGCGAAAAGAUGGAUGCCAGAUUCGACGAGUUGAUAGCUCUCCAGAAACAACUCGCAAAGAAAUCGGAGAAGAAAAACCCCGAAAAGACGGACAAAAAGCCACCAUGCGUUUAUGUCUCAAAGAUGCUGUUAACAUCAUCAUGGAUAGUAGACGUUCUUGCUUUCUCUGUAACAUUAUCAACAUUGUUGUACGUAUAUUUCACCAGACAUUUUAGCUACUGGAAGAAACGCAAUGUCUUUUACCGAAAACCAACGCCAUUUUUUGGUAAUUUUAAAGACGUAGCAAGCAUGAAAACAACCAUAGGAGAAUGGUUACGAGACGAAUAUAAUAAAGCAGCUAAACAACCCUACUUUGGCAUUUUUGUUUUCGAUGAACCGAAAUUAGUGAUUAAAUCUCCAGAAAUAAUAAAACAUAUUAUGAUAAAAGAUUUUAACAAUUUCUGUGACAGAACAUUCGCAAGUCCAGAACACAAUGAAGUAGAGUCGAACUUCUUAUUUAUGAUGCAAAAUCCUAAAUGGAAGAAGCAUAGGUCUCAGCUUUCUCCCGCUUUUACCUCAGGAAAGCUAAAAGGAAUGCUUCCUAUUAUACAUGAAGUUGGCCAGAGUCUUCAAAAAUAUUUAAGUGACAACCAAAGAGUAUUAGAGGCAAAAGAAGUGAUGGCCAAAUAUAGCACAGAUGUAAUAGGAAAAUGUUUUUUGGGCAUUAAUCCUCAUUGCUUCGAUAACGAAGAUGCAUUGUUCAGAGUUUUAGGACGGGCUAUGUUUGAUUUUAGUAUAAAAAACGCAUUAAAGCAAACUGCGUAUUUUUCUACACCCGGAAUUGUUAAGUUCUUUAAAAUUAGUUUCUUCGAGCAAUGGGUCACAGAUCAUUUCACUGACGUCUUUGGUAAAUCCUAUGAGGCACGGGAAAAAUCUAAAAUUAGGAAAAAUGAUUUCAUCGAUAUUCUACGAGACAUGGAAAAGAAAGGAGUUAUUGAUAAGGAUAUCGGGUCAAUUCAGGGAUCAAGUAUGCAAUUCUUCGCUGCCGGUUUUGAGACUACAAGUUCGACCACUUCGUUCACACUUUACGAACUGUGCCUGAACAAAACAAUACAAAAUAAAUUAAGAAGCGAAAUUCUGGCCAAUAUAAGAGAGAAUAAGGGAAUAACGUACGAAGGCGUUAUGUCAAUGAAGUAUUUAGAUCAGUGCAUUAAAGAAACACUACGAAAAUACCCAGUUUUGCCGUUUUUGGAUAGAAGAUGUAUAAACAAUUAUACAAUACCUGGAACGGACCUUGUGAUUGAAAAAGGCUCUAGCGUUUAUAUUCCUAUGUUUGGUCUACAUUAUGACGAGACAUAUUUCCCUGAACCAAUGAAAUACAUGCCUGAAAGAUUUGAAAACGCAAAUUACAAUACUAAUGGUUUGGUAUAUUUUCCAUUUGGAGAAGGUCCUAGAAUAUGCAUAGGUGAAAGAUUUGGAUUAAUGUCUUCUAAGCUCGCGCUGAUAUAUGUUUUAACGAAAUUCGAAGUAGAAAAAUGUGAAUCUACUCCCGAUCCACUGGAGUUCGAACCCAAAUCUCUUGUUUUACAAUCUAAAGUUGGCGUUCCUAUGAGAUUUAAACAUUUAGUUCCAUCGCCCGCAUAACAGAAAAACUGAGAUAUAAAAUCUUGUAUAUUUACCUUCGAUUAUUAUAAGAUGUUCCUCGUAGUUACAGUUUUAUUGUAAUUUUAAAAAUACAGUGAAAUGUAUUUUUAAUAUAAAUAAACUAAUGCAACAUAA